CGCCCCGUUUCCUCGUUUUUGCCUCUGCAUCACCAAACCUUCACUUCCAAUCGCAAACUUCGUCUUCGAAGGCUCGCUGCCGUUUCCGCUUUCGCGCGACUCUAGAGUAUUCUUCAAUACUCGUUCCAUUCCUUCAAUAAACACAAUCGUUCAAUCGGCUUGCCGUCGCUUUUAAGCACCUUUCGUUUACGAAUCCAACAAUCUCUCUUUUCCUCGCCGAAAAUCAAAACAAAUCCAUCAAAAUGCACUUCACCACUGCCACCGCUGCCGCCGUCCUGGCUUUUGCCGCCAACGCUGUCGCUGAGCCCCAGCCCUACAUGCUCGCUGCCAUGCCCGGCCUGAGCCUCAUGCGCCGCGACUCUGCUGGCUACACCCCCGAGACCUCUGUCUGCGGCGCCGGUAACACUUGCGCUGAGGCUUGCGGCUCUGACUUCACUCAGUGCGCUUCCACUGACGGUGUUUCCCACUGCUUCAACCCCAAGGCUAAGCAGGCUUGCUGCACUGACGGCUCCGGCAACUCUUGCGACGAGGGCUACUACUGCACUCACGACACUGCCCUCAAGACCUGGUGCUGCCCCAACGGCAUGGACCUCGCCGCUUGCGCCGCUGCCUACACCAUCAAGGGCGGCCUCAAGACCGGUCCUCUCAGCACCAGCACUCCUGCUCCUUCCAGCACCCCCGCUGCUACCGUCACUGACGUCAAGAACCUGACCACCACUUACUGCCCCGAGUCUGCCAGCACUGGCCACAGCACCGCCUGGACCCCCUCCAACAGCACCGUCACCACUGCUGUUCCCACCAUGCCUGCUGUCGUCCCCUCUAAGCCCGCUGUUGUCACCGCCGGCUCUGGUGCCGCCGCUACUGGCGUCAGCGCUCUCGUCCUCGUCGCUGCCGGCUUCGUUGCCCUUCUGUAAACUCCUAACCAACCAAGCUCCUUGACUGUGGAGGCGUCGGUUGGCAAGGUGGCACAAAGCACAAGGCAAGCAACAGCACAGCGCACCCACGAGUUUAUGAGUUUAUGAAUUGGCAGGCAAUUUGACCCCCCUCUGUUGAUUUCAAUGGUCCAGGAGACUUAACAAUUUGGCUUUUAUCCUCUUUCGAAGCAGCUGUCGUGUUUGUGGUUCCAAUUUCUGGCACAAUCUAUUUUGCGUGAUGAUUCCCCUUCUCUUUUUACGGGCCCUUUGACGAGGGUUCGUCUGGUUUGGUGCGCCUUACUACUUUUUUUGCUAUAUAACUUUGUGUUGAUUUUUUCUUUGCUUGGGAUGGAACAUGGAGGAGAUGAGCAUGUGCGCUGGAGGCCUAGCUGAGUGAGGUUUGACACACUCGGAAACUGUACAUUUUCACAUCCAAACGUAUUUAUUUGAUUUUACGCUUCGAUCUGGAAACCGUAAUAGGUCGAUGAAUCAAGUCAACUGUUGCACUGCAUUCUAUCAUCCCAAAACAUGUGUCUGUGUGUUCAAUCUAAUGUGCAAUAUAUUUCUCGAUAGUCGUCUCUAUAUGGAAUAUUGGUAUCUCUAGCAUCGCCGCCCAUUGAAGUCAAUCGGAUCGCCGGCCGAUGCCGCGAGCCGCUUUGCCGCCGCA